ACAAAAGUCUCCUCUUCGUAGUAAAAAGACGCGCUGUGAAGGUACUCCCUUAUGCUUGUAAUGUACAUGAUACUUAGUAAUCUUAGUACACAGUCCCAGUUUAGCCUAUUCUGAGAGAAAGAUAACUGGAACCCUGCACUGAAAAUGGCCCGACAUGCUAUUGGCCGAUUAUUUUAGUUCUAUCACAUUUAUUAAAUUGAAAUUGUCGUGAAUGGUGUGAAAUAAUUUAUUUUAAAAUACAGGAAACAUCCCUAUUGUCAAUUUUCUUAAAUCUGUAGAUAAAUCAUGAGAAAAACACGUACAGUCUAAAUGAUAUUGUAUGCGUAAUUUCAUUUGGAAUAACUAUUAUGAGCAUUAUAAGGCAAAUAAAGUUGCGGGCGUUAGCAAUAUAUAUGUAUGUAAAUAAAUCAUAUUUUACCGCUUGUAAAUCAUGUUUUAUAUUUCUUGUUCAGGUUAUAAAAAUGCUGGUGUUGGUCGUGGCGCUGUUUGCGCUCUGCUGGCUUCCUUUGCAGAGCUAUUUAUUGCUUCAAUCGUUUUUCCCUUCAAUAAACGAAUACAGAUACAUAAACGUAAUAUUCUUCUGCUUUGACUGGCUGGCCAUGAGCAACUCGUGCUACAACCCCUUUAUCUACGCUAUUUACAAUGAAAAGUUCAAAAAGGAGUUUAAGCAGCGAUUCACAUUUGGAAAAAAACCGAUGCGAUUUGACAGUUACGAGGAUGGUCAGUCGUAUCGCACGCGUGUUUUAUCAUUCCGCUCGACGAAUGAACGCAGUGUUUACUCGGCGAGAAAAUCGGUCAACCUAGCGCCCGUUGACGGCACGCGCUCCACCCGUUCCUCCUGCCACUGUAUCCGAAACCAGGACCCACAGAGGGAAAAUGGUUUCCGAUCAAUGAAGGACCUUGACGCUCACAAUUUAAAUCAAACGUUCAAUGGCACUAAAAGGCGGCUCGAAACGAAAAUAUCCAGAAACGACUUACCCGUAGGCGACGAGAGAGUCAGCGAGUUGUACAUCUUCCCUAACAGCAAUAUUGUCGAGUUCACAGACAUAUCCUAUGAUGAUAAAGUGUAAAUGAACUUUCUAUAAAAUAAAUGUGAUUUUUGUCAUAAAAUAAGUAAAGUACCUGGGCAUUUUUAGAAAAAAAUGUACCAUUGACAUUUUCGAAAAAACCAUCAACUUUUGGGUUAUUUCUACUGAGGAUCACGAGAACCAUCGAUUUAAAAAGGAAAAAAGUGUCCGCAAAAAUUUGACAGCUUUAUGACGCAUUUUCAUAUUUUGUAUUGACCGUGACAAAAUUGACACCCAAAAUUUGUAAGAAAAACUGGGGACACUUUUUUAUUUGUUUAAAACUUUAAAUCAAUAGUCUUUGUAAUUCUGAGUGGAAAUAACCCAAAAGUUGUUAAUUUUUCGAAAAAAGUAUAUGGUUUUUCUGAAAACCCCUGUAUAGUUAGUCGGUAAGAAAAUGUGAUUUGUUACACUAAUUGUAAUUGUAACCGACACCAAGUGUCACAACGUAGAAAGUAACGAUAAUCUAAUCAAUAUGUAAAUUGUGUACAGUAAAAAUGUACUUAGACUUUACGUUAUUGUAACUGUUAGUGUUAUUUUUAAAUUAAGCUAAACAUUUAAAAGAUCGUUUGCAAAAGACUGUACAAUUCCAGAUUAUUGUAAACCGUGUAGAAAAUAAGAAUUUAGGUUAAAUCCAUGUUUUCUGAUAAAGUCAAGCUAGGCGUAAAGAACACAAGAAUAGAAUGCUGUGAAUUAUUCCGCCAUAAAUCUAACUUAACGAUGUGGAUAACCAUUAAUUCAUUCGCGCUGCAUUAGGGUAUUUCGUCUGAACUGACGGCACGCUACAAUGUUGUUUGUUUUACAUGACUUGAUAUCGUUUUAUCAUAGAUCAACUAUGCGCCCCUUAGUCUUAGUCAAGUAAACAUUUUCAAACAUCCAAUGCUUAGAGCACAGAAGGACUACCGCGAAUAAUGAAAAUCGAAUUUUUGUUAUCUGUCUUUCUAUCAUUCUUUCAUAUUCGAGCGGAAGAGGCAGAUAAAGAAAAUUUAGAUUUACGUUUUUCUCGGCAGGGCCCAGAUGUUAAUGUUACCGCACCGAAAAUGUUAAUUAAGAUUUAUCAAGCUAACCUCCUAUUAGAAUUUCCAUAGAUAAGAAAGCUUUGUAUCAAAGGUGACGUUAAAUCUCAGGAACUAAAAUCUGGCAACUUGCCACACCACUUCUAGUAAGUAGCCAGUUAUUCUAUCUUAGAUAUCGCUAUCGAAUUUCGGAACUACGCUAUGGACAAUAUAACUUUUUUCAUAGAUACAGUUUCGACACAAUUGCAAAAGUUUGGUGAAUGGAAAAGUGACUUCGAUAUGUAAAAAUAGCAGUAACAAUAAACACCGCGAUUACUGGGAAUCAUCCAGAGCACAUCGGCUAUUUUUGUGGUAGCUGUAAAUAUUUUGAUGGUUUUAGUUGGAAACGAAUCCGAAAAAUCAUAGAAAUUGGUAAAAAUUGCAUUGUCUAUAAAUAUAUUAAACCUCUGUUACUUAAUAUGUUAUCCGUCUCCAUAGAAGAUAUAAUUUUUAAAUAUGGCGUAUCGUAUGUCCAAUGCUUAGUUACUCCUGUCAUUCAAAUAUAUUAAAUAUAUGACAAACAGAUAUAAACUAGAAAAUACGUAGUAUUUAUGAUUCCCGUCGUAUGAUAAAUGUUUAUUGGUUUAUUUGUCAGAAUUCCUUACAUCAAUAUAUUAUGUCAGUUUAAUUUACCACCACGUCGACGAGCCUGAUUUGACUUACAAAUUGACGUCGAGUUGGUCUCAUUUUGUUAUUGUUCCCUCCUGCAUAUUGCUCGUACUUAUUAUGUGAUAGCGACAUGCCCUAUACACCGUGGGUCAAUUAAACCCGACAGAUUUAACCACGCAUUCUGAGGUCAUAAGGAGCAAACAAUGUUAAUGUGAGUAUUGGCCAAAUUCGCCAAAAAAAAAUUUUUAUAUUGCAUUUUCUGCAAAUGAUGAUACUUUAUUUAUUUUGACACCUUAGUGAAAAAAGAAAUAUUAGUCUUGAAAUACAGCGAGGAAAUGCUGCCAGCAUCUACGGCACUAUGCCGCAGGGGGAUAUGUUUUAGUAUUUUAUUUUAAGUUUAGUAUUAUUUAUUUUUAGAUUUAGGUUUUUAAGUUUACAAAAUACAAAAAUACAAGAAACAAGUACAAAAAUACAAAGAUACAAGUUUUAUAGUUUAAUUAUGUUUUAUCUGAUGUAAUCAAUAUUUAUUUUUACUCGCACAAAAAGAAAUAUUACAGGAAACAGGAAUAAGUAAAGUUUUUUAUUUAUUUACAGAAAAAAAAUUUGGAGUUUCACUUUAAAAUUUUACUUAUUUGCCCACGGUGUAUAUUAGUAAUUACAAAUCAAAAAUAGAUUUUUAAAAGUUCGAAUUUCCAUGAAUCACAUCACUGACAUCAAACAUUUCAUAUAUUAUAUUUAAUAUAUGAACGAAGUAUUACAUUGUCCCUUGGUCUUAUGAAAUAUACAUCCAUUGAUCCCAUGAGGGUCUCGGAACUUGUUAAUUGUAUUAUUAUUAUUUGAUUCAUGAACGUAUAUGAACGAACCAGGGAUGAAACUAUGUUGACGAUUUUACGAACACUUAUUACCUACAGACAAGUUUCUUAUUGUACAAUAAAAUGGUUUUAUGACAACUAACAGUAGUUAUUUCGCCAUGUGAAAUUAUGGAACUAACAAGAUUUAGUAGAUAUGUUAUGCUUAGCCAAGAAAAUAUACUUCACGUGAAAAUAAAAGUUCUCAACUCUG